AUGAGCAAAUGCUAUUGGUCUCCUGAUGAGGUUGAGGGUUUGUUGUUCGUCCUCACCACUCAGGACUGCAGCGAUCCCAAGAACAUUGCCCGCACAGUUGCCCUUAUUCACGACCAUUUGAAGGCCACCGCCAGAGACUCUGAAGAAAUAAAGACCCAUACCCAAAUCCACAACAAACUUAACAGGUUGGCGAGGGGAAUAAAAAUGUCCCGGGACGACUUCCUUCGGACCUUCGAUCAGGUGCAGCCCAAGGGUACUCUACCUUCAUCAGGGAAUCCGGAGGUUAUUGUCAGUAGUAAGCAUGCGGGUGGAUUAUCAGGAAGUAUCCUAUCUCCGGAUGAAUCACUAUCUCGAAAAGGCCGCAACGGAAACCCAGACGACAGAGAAUUGGCUGUCAGAAACCUCAAACGACAGAGGACAAUGGCAGCAGGACUUCCAAACUCGACUUAUUCAGACAGAGGAGCGACCCCAGUGAAGGAGGCGGGUUCCGAACCUGAUUCGGCCAUUGUCGCUCGCAGAGAUACUUGCCCGAUUUCCAGGACCUGGGACACAAAACUUGCAGGAUAUUUCCGGCAACUGGCGAGCGAUCGAGGGUAUGAUGCACCACCUAGCCACGAUUAUAUCAGGGAAAAGAUGGACGAUAUCUUCGAAUCUCUGGAGCGAGGAAUCCAACGUCUUACCGAGGCUCAGUCAGCCGCGAUUCCCUUGGUCCCCUCGGUCCUAGGAGGCGUCGACUUCAGGCAGUUGACGCACCACGUCGUCCCGAUGGCAGAGGGGGAAGUUCUAUCUGCAUACCUGAGAGCCCUAUGUGGACAUUCACCUGUCGCUCGGGACCUUCUGCCUCAAGCUUACGCUGCUGCGGCGAUAUACCAGUGGGUAUUCUGCGAAGUAUUCAAGGAAGACCAUGAUGCCGUCAAAGGUAAUUUUUUCGAGGAAGCUUUGUUCUCAUUGGCACAUGAUGCCCCCGAUGUGGUCAGGAAGCUCAGAAGAAUCAGAUACAUGGAACAUCUGGAGAAGCACAUCAAGCCAAAGCUGCCCGAAAUGGCCGACUCCUGUUUUGCCAAACUUCUCAAUGUGUUUUCAAGCAUUAUGAUGCAAAUUGUUCCCGGGUUGGAGUCUCACGCUUACGAUAGUCUGACUUGUGAGCCAUCAAACAUCCCGCAAGUAUUCCAGACUCAGUUGGAAAGCGACCAGUGCUUUCGCUUCGCGUUUGUCGAGGCUUUCAAUCUGAAAUUAGCCAUGGCAAAAGGCUCGCAUGAAUACGACUUCAGGUUUCCAGAAUUCCGAACACCUUUUGACAAUGAGUGGAUGGAGCCAUUCCGAUCAGAAACUAUGGCGUUGCCUAAGAAUGGCCAGGUAUGGAUGUGUCUCCGUCCAGCGAUACUCAGCGUCGGUCCAGGAUCGAUGACAGCCUUGCCAAUGACCAUUGUCAAAGCGAUUGUGUUGUUGGUCUGA